AAUCCGAGCGACAAGCAGCUUCAGCUUUGCGGCGCUUGUAGCGCUUGCAAGCUAGCUCCUUGGGCUUGCUCCGUCGUGUCGCUUGUUUUUCGGCGAGGCAACUUUCAAUUUAUCAGCGGGAAGACGUCGCCGGAGGGAAAACAUGAGACUUAGCAGAUUUGUGGAAUUCGGCAGGAAGAUUAUAUGCGUUGGAAGAAACUACAGAGAGCAUGCCGAGGAAUUGGGCCAUGCAGUGCCCAAAGAGCCGCUGCUGUUCAUGAAGCCUCCAACAGCCUACAUCACCGAAGGGCAGUCUAUAAUGAUUCCUAGGGACUGCGAGGAGCUAGAUCACGAGGUCGAACUGGGUGUGGUUGUAGGGCGCCGAGGGUCUUCCAUCCGCGCGGAAGAGGCACUCGACUACGUGGCGGGAUAUGUGGUCGCACUGGACAUGACUGACCGACAGCUGCAGAAACAGUGCCAAGCCCAGGGCCACCCAUGGGAGCGUGCCAAGGGCUUCGACACGUCCUGCCCCGUGGGGCAGUUCCUGCCCAAGGAGUCUGUGAGCGACCCGCACGCACUCACCCUCUGGUGCAAGGUCAACGGCCAACAGCGGCAGAAGGGCAGCACUUCGCACAUGCUGUUCACCAUCCAGCAGCUGCUGGAGGCGGCCAGCGCCCGCUUCACUCUCGAGCCCGGCGACCUUCUGCUCACUGGGACGCCCAGCGGCGUCGGGCCCGUGCGGGCUGGCGACGUCGUCGAGGCUGGCAUCGAGGGGCUCGGGCAGGUCCGCUUCCCAGUCGAGCAGCAGAAGCCGAAGCAGUAGCGUUUCUCUAGGAUUGUUGCCUUUCUUGGGCCAUUCGGUUGCCAGCGGGUGAAAGGACCCGGUGCUCACAAUGUUGCAAAACAGGAAGAACGAAUAUGCCAUCCAAUGCCUAUCCUCACCCUGUGCAGUAAUCAGAUAAGGACGUGAAGGGUGGCACAGAAUAACACAGCGCUGAUAAGCAGGUGGCGCUGGUUUUACCCUUCGUGUCCGUGUCUGGUGUGCACUGAAUCCUUUAUUCAUGACGAAUCAACUAGCCUGCUUCUGAGACUCUUCUGCUUCAUCCAUUGUAUUCCUUCUGACCCUGUUCUGCAUCCUUGUUACCGCUAGGUUCUCUCACCACUCUAGUUCUUGUAGUUAUCAAAACGAAAUGGUCUAGUUCAAUCUUCGGUUCUCCUUGCACAACGAGCCUGUGACUGGGGCACGGCCUUUUCAUCGCAAGCCACAAGGCAGCCGAAAUGGGCAGCAGUAGCGUGUGUGCUAAUAAUCACCGGGUGUAGCGAUAUCCCAAAAGGCUAAUUCAUGAAGUUAGGUAUCUUUUUAAUUGCGUGCCACUGCGCACUCCUGUUGAAGUAGCAGAGACUAGCCAGCGUACAGACUGUCAACUUUAAAUUUUCUUCAUUUUGGUAACCGUUUUGUCCUCGGCAAUGAUAUCGAAAGUGCACCGCAGCUUUUCGCUGUUGACUUAUGCGGGGCUUUACCCAAGCCACCUAAUUCUGUUCUUGUUUGGCUUGUCCUAACAUUCUAGAAUUUUAAAAAUCUGCAUAUACACUGCCAUAGAAGAGAGCUGAACACUGGUACCGUAAAGGGCGAAAUUUCUUUGGGCAUGUAUUUGCAUUCAAGUGUUACUAUAAAUAAGUAGUUGCAGACUGCUCCGAACAGGUCAGGGUGAAUUUGUCAAAUGCUACAAGCUUGUGCCUUUUGUAGGUACGAUACCAUACCCAGCUGUCGGUGUAGUCAAGUUCUUGCGAACAAACUACGCAUUAGGUAGGUCACUGAAAUUUCAAAAUUUUUAUAUUGUUUGAACCGAACAGCCAGUUUUCUUACUCAGUGGCACUGCAAUGCCAGCAGAAAUAAGUAACGUUAGCAGUUUUUUUUCCCCUACAAUUUGUAUCUGUCCACAUGUUCUAUCCUUCACUUCAAGGCACAACAGGUGCCAUGCACAGUGUAAUCUCCACUGACCUGUCGCAUAUCUCGUAACACACUGCCAGAUGUCACCGCUGAUGUGAAUGCUGGCAGGCAGUUCUCUAAGCUUACGUAUAUCUGUGGCCUCCUUAGGAAAUGCAUUCGUUUCCGAAAGGUACCGGUAAUGGUUUCUUUGGACCAUCCCUUGAACUGAUCUUUGUGGGACAGGCAUGUUACAUUCUUUGCAUGUUUCUCGUCCUUCUGUAGGUGCGGGGGUGACUGAUCUUAUCAGUGAAGCGAAGUCAUUCCACUUGGGCCCCAUAGGUUACAAAAGGCUUAUUCUCUGUGCGCCUUUGGCUGCUGUAUUUUUUUUUUUCUCCAAGAGGGGUCGUUGGCAUACAUAUUUGGCACAUCUAAGGUUCACUUUGGCUGCUCUAUGUUACGCGUCUUUCUGCUAGGUACUUUUUCUCAUGCUGCCUAGCAGCUAACAUGAGGCUGCUCGUUAGUUACGAUGCUGGUUUCUUUUUAAAGUGGAAACUUCCGUCUUAUCCACUUUUCUCUUUCACCUCUUCGACAAUCUGUCAUAAAAAUUGCCCUUUUCCUCAAUCUUGACUGGAAAAACCGUGGCUGAGUGAACGACGACUAAUCGGAACCUUGUGGAAAUGAACAGCAAGCAGUUUCUCUUGUGUCCCAAGUGCAAGCCUCGAACGUUAAUGAUGAAUUCAAUUGGUCGGUCGGCAAUGGUCGUGUAAAUCCUAUAGCGAGUGUUCCCAUACGGGAAUCCUAAUCCGCUGGUACAAAAAUAAGCCGUUCCACUCGGGAUCAUCGCAGAAGUUGCUAUAGGUAGCUGAUUCAGGAAGCAGUGUCGAGGAGCUGUAUUCUCGAUAGAUCACUUUCGGGGAUAUUGUUGCUCUCACGCGAUUUCAUGAGACCUGACACUGGAUGUGCCAGUGCCUACUGGUGACUACACUGCUUGCACCAUGCCAACCACGGGUGUCUUAGCACGACGGUAGGUAUGCUGUGACCAUAAACACUGACAUGUUCGGCACCGAGUCACACGAACUCUUAUGAAAGUGGAAGUAUAUUUAAAAAAGUGAUCAGCUAAGAAUAGUGCUCAGAUACCUGCUGGAUGUACCCCGUCAAGGCACCAGAGUGAUUUCGGUGUCGCUACUCCUUUUGUCCAUGAUGUUUAAGUGCUAAUCGAGAACCAGUUCAAAAGGGAAAAAAAAAUAAGCCAUGGUGCAGAAAGAAAAAGAAAAAAAAACUAUUAUCUAAAAACAAGAAAAGCCUGGUGAUGUUGAUGUGAAGCAUUGAUGGUUGAUGCACUCGUCUCUUUAGCCUGCACAACUGGCACAAUGUGCAGUUUUCACUCCGUUACCCAGCAGCAUGCUGCUGUGGAUUGGAUCAAAUUGAAAUAACCAGUGGAACACGCUAACAGACAUUACAUCAACCACUGCAAUGCAUAGUCCUUGCCACGCAGAUGCGUAAUCAACUUGCUCUGUGCUGACCAACGGAAUUCGCCAUAGUUUACGUUGUGCCUGUCUGUACACUCGGGCAACAGCUGCCUGCGAAACACAGCAAUGAAGUUUGCAUUUGCAUGCUUGUUUAAGGACGUCGUGCUUUGUCGACUCCUGUAUGAGGAUGCACAUUUUGGCACUUCGUAUGCAUACCUAUUUUUAAGUCGGAUAGUCGGUCUGUUGCCAAUCUUUAUGUGCCAUUCCCUCGCCUUGAGAUGAGCAAAUUAGAGGGCUGCCGAAGUAGUAGCACAUAGUACUUGCUAGCUUUGAGAGCUUCGUAUUAUUGACACAGGCAUUAACCUCUCGAGUGACACACACAAGCGCUGAUUGUCCAGGACAUUCUUUACAAAAACUGCCAAGGACGAGUCUGGAUAAUGCGUGUGCUUUCCUGCCCACUUUGAGUGCCGUAGACAGUGCAUUGUUGUCGGCUCUUUUACAAGAUUAGAUUGACCUUCUCUCUCUCUUUUGCUUCUAGAGAGCAAUGCUGCAAGAUGAUAGCAAGGAAGCAGCGACUUAUAUGUGGUGGUUAGUUUGACAUUACUUCUUAGGCAUUUUUCACAUGCGAUAAAUAUAAAUGGCUUGUUGAUACUAAUUUUACUCCCCAUGGCAUAUAUAUGUAUUUGGUACAUGCAGUCAUUCUGCUUUCCACUCAUACGUGCAACUUAGUUUGUCUUCUAAUUUGCAUCUUUUACUAGUGCGUAGAGGAUUAAAGGGACUAUGAACUGUUAGCAAAAGCUGAGAGGGUAGUACUAGAGUGUACAGCUGAGCUGGUUGCAUUUACUAGCCUUGUCAUUCAGGUGUGCUAUCUGUAGUUGUGCUAGACCUCAGUUACGGCCUACUGAAGUCAUGCUCACUUACCGGGAAAAGCUCACCAGACCUUGUGUGCCUGUGGUUAGGUUUUGUUUUUAACUUGACGUUUGAGUUGCCUCGUGACAAAUCAUUUCAACUUAACUGUGGUCAUAUUUUGCACGUUGACAUGAGCACAUGUGGUAGGCUGCGACCGAGGUUCAGUACAACUGCAGUUCGUAUGCCUGUGGUGCGAGACCUUCCACGUAGAUGAAAGCAUUCUCAAGUGCCGAGGACUAGUUUCGCCGGACAACUUAAACUUGUGGACCGAGCUUCAAUGUUGCAGGAUUAGUGUUUAAUGCCUGCCUGUGAAGUCUUCCAGGUGGUUGUGUUUGAGUGGAAGUUCUGCAGGCGGAGUGUUUGUUGCUGGAGGUCGCAUGGUUUGGCCGUUGGCCACCAUAAGCAAGCAGCGGGACUGAGAGUUGGAGCCAUGAUAGAGGUUUUCUUUUUUGAACUGCAGAACAAGGAACAGAGGCAUUGUUGUGGUCCUUUCCUUGUGUUGCUGCUGUUCAAAAAAUGCUCUGGCAGCGAGUGUGAAGUGUGCCCAGCGCACGUCUGUCCAAAUGCACUUCUUGCAAGUUGACCACCACUGCCUGGCCAUUACGUGAAAGUCAAAGUUUGCCGACAUUCCUUUGGUAACCAAACCAGAAUAUUUGCAGUAUUGUUUGAACCCACAGCUUAUGUUAUUGAACCAACGGUUCAAUGGCACCAAUACAUUGCUGAUAUUCGGUACAUGUUUUUAUGUCGCAAUAUAACAGAAUGGUGCAACGUAGCAGUGCUUCUAGUUCUGUCUCACAGGGGUUGAAUAUUACGAAGAUGAAAGCUCCAUGUUGCUGUCCCCUUUAUUGGGAGUCCGCGUGAAACAGAUGUGUUCUCACGCGGCAGCUUUCCAGGGAGCCCUGGCACAGUAAGAAAAGGUUGAAUUCUAGUUUAACCCUGAAGUUUAAAACCCUUUAGCGUGAAUGCAUAUACAGGUAUAAAAGUUAUGUGAAUUGCACAUGUUAGCCCUAAGAGCAUCUAACAUUGCUCUACAACAAUCGCUUACUGUGAACAUGAGUUUCGCAUCAUUUGUGUUGCCAAACUAAGAGUAGACUGCAAGUCGGCACGUCAAUUUUGUCUACUUUUUAGGUUCACUUUCUGGCAUGGUUCAUAGAAUUAGGUGUUCAGGUAAAAAUUGUAAACAUAGUGGCGAUUUUUUUUUCCAGAUUUUCAUUAAUAGUAAUUAAACUUGAGUGCUUGCUCAACUCUACAGUGCUUUGCUUGUAAAUCCAGCAAGUUUUACACAUCAGUCACAUGGGGCACUUUCGAUUGCGAUCGAAAGUGUAGUGCGUGAUCGAACUGGUUGAGCAGUUACUUAAUAACAGCACAUUUUAUGUUUGACAUGUAUUUGAAUAAAGGGGACAUUAACCUGUGUGUUCCUCUCGAGAAGAGCUAGACUUGUAGGCAAAUUAGUUAUUGUGAGUCUGCUGAAGGGUUUGCUAAUAAUGCACAGCAACUGUCACUUGUACCGCGCAAGCAGUUACAGUUAACAAGUUAGGUUGUUUCCUUCAUACUGGUAGGCCAUGUGAAAGUGUGCCAGUACUUUGCUCAUGCUUCUAGGAGCGCAAUGCUAUGGUUUGCCAGGAAAACGUGAAGGGCAAUGUCAUUUGUUUAAACCAGCAAAUGACAUUGGCAGGCCGAGUAUAUAUUGCCUGAUGGGCCUUGUCAUCAUUGUGUUCAUUGGUGCCUCUCUGAUGGAGCCGUCAGGUGAGGUGUUAGCAUUUGAUCUAAACACAAAGGACCUGGCCUUGCAUUCCUGGCUUGUGAUAGCAGUAUGGUUGCAGCUUUACGAGUCUGACAUAAAUGUUGCAAAACAUGUUGACUGUCACUGUUUCUACUGUGCCGUCAUUAGAUCUCUGCUAACCCUUUCUUCCACCCAUUUGCAGCAAGCGUGCCAACCACGUGGCGUAGUUGCAUGGCGGUUUGCAGUUAACUUUGGCCAAUCAUUGUCUGCUGCUGAGGUGCUUGUGCUGCCAGAAUAGUUCAAUUGUUUGUUGUGCGUUCUAGAUUUAUCAUGUCGCUUCAACUGCCCCAUUUCUAGUAGAUGCUUAUGGAGAGUUAUUCUGUUUCCUUGUGAACACCAUUUUCUACUAUUGAACAAAUAAACUCGUUAAUAACA